GGCUGUCCCACAAACCCAAGGAGGGCAUUUCCGUUGAAGUAGGUGGUUGCUUCAAGGAGAGAAAAGGCGCGCUAAAGCGUCACGCGGUCACCACAGGUACCGUGCGGCUGCGCUCGGCGGCCAGGUGUGCUCGGCGCGGCGUCCUCUGCACGCAGGACGGGCCCCGCGCGGGAAGGCAGAGGAGAGCGCGGGAGGCGGCAGGAAGGUCACCCCCGUGCCAGGCCGGGUGGGAGCGUCCCCAGGGGUCCCGGCCGGGAGGCGACAGAUCCCCCGGGCGCGCUCGGGCUGGGCGUCCCCAGGGGACCCGGCCGGGAGGCGACACUCCCCCGGCGGCACCGCUCCGCGCCCGCCGCCCCUCCGAGGCUGCCGGUCCUCCCGGCCUGCAGGCGCCGCGGGCCUUGGUCCCGGACUGCGGGAGCCUGAGCGCCGCCUCCCCAGAGGGCCUGUAUUCCCUUCAGAGACUCAACGUAAAGUGGCUCAUCCUGUGAAGGACUCCGCUGGUUGAGUUCACUCCUACUAUUCUUCAAUUACAUUACACACUGAGAAAGUCAUGAGAAAGAUCUGUCGCUCUCUGAGGGUGGAAACUGCCAUGAUUCACAAAGACAAGAAGUAGUUUUCCUGUAAUCACAAGAUGACUCAGGAUGGACCCUGAAGCUGCCCAGCUGGAAAAGCAGCACGUGCACGAUGUGUAUGUGAGCAUCGCGCCUUACUUCAGCGACCUGCAGAGCAAAGCUUGGCCUCGUGUCCGCCAGUUCCUCCAGGAGCAGAAGCCAGGCAGCCUCAUCGCUGACAUAGGUUGUGGGACUGGAAAGUAUCUUAAAGUGAACAGCCAGGUACAUACCCUGGGCUGUGACUACUGUGGGCCACUGGUAGAGAUUGCCCGGAGUAGAGGGUGUGAAGUCAUGGUAUGUGACAACCUUAAUCUCCCCUUUAGGGACCAGGGCUUCGAUGCCAUCAUCUCCAUAGGAGUCAUACAUCAUUUUUCUACAAAACAAAGAAGAGUCAGAGCAAUAAAGGAAAUGGCCCGGGUCUUAGUCCCUGGAGGGCAGCUGAUGAUUUAUGUUUGGGCCAUGGAGCAAAAGAACCGGCGCUUUGAGAAGCAAGACGUGCUUGUCCCGUGGAACAGGGCCUUGUGUUCCCAGCGCAUCUCGGAAGGCAGCCAGCCUGGCAGAACGCAGCAGUGUGGACAUUCAGCAAGAAGCCACCCCUGCCGUCCUCCGUGCUCCGUCUGCAGUUCUGUUUGUUGUAAAGGGCGAUGUGAUUCAAGGCGGUCCCACAGCAUGGACGAUGAGACAGGCACGGCUGGAAGCUGCUGUGCAAAUAUUUCCAAAGGAGAGGACGAGAACGGCUUCUAUAACGCAUUAGGAAAAUCUUUUCGCUCCUGGUUUUCCUCCCGGUCUUUGGAUGAAUCGACGCUGUGGAAGCCAACUGAAAGAGGGACACCCUUGAAAAACACCGACGUUUGGGCCCAUAGCACUGUAUCAGUGCAACCUUCCAGACACUCUAGUUCAGGUUUGGACCAACAAGAGCCAUUUUCCACAAGAGAGCAAAAUUUAGAGGAGGAGGUGUUCGUGGAAACGUCUCAAAAACAUUUGGGGUGGCUGAGAGCACCAGCCACAAAGAAACAUCGAAAUGGAGACCCUCAAGGAGAAGUUGGGAGAAACGAGGAUGGGAACUUUCUGGACGGCGCCAAUACUAAUGAGAAUUGUGAGGAUGUAGGUAACUUAGAAGAAGGUGACGCUUCUGCUAGUAAAACACUGAGAAGGAUUUCUGCCGUGGACUCCACAGAGUCCAACCCAGAUGCCACAAUUUCUGUCGAAGAAAAGCAUUCCAGUGUUUCGGAUUCCAGGGCCUUUAUGCGCUAUUACCACGUGUUCAGAGAAGGUGAGCUCUGUGGCUUACUGAAGGACAAUGUGUCAGAGCUCCAGAUUCUGAGCUCUGGCAAUGAUCAUGGCAACUGGUGUAUCAUUGCAGAGAAAAAGGAAAAUUGUGACUGAUUUGGGGUCAUUUUAGCAACCACGUUCUUUUCACAGGGUUUGGUGUGGCGGCCUGAAUUUUUAUCCCAUUUUGUUAUUUUUUCGUCUAUUUAUGCUUUGGUCUGUAGAGACUAUGCGUUGAUUAUUUUUAAAAAAUCUUUGGAUAUGCACGAAGCCUGUCACGUAAAGCAUUUGAAAAUGGUAUUUGUGGUUAAAUGUUAAUGUGAGAGAUCUGAAGAAGCACUAUAAAAUGAACUUCAAUAGGGUUUGAAUUGUUUUUCACUGGAGGGUGAAAUUAUUGUAAGAACACACGUAUAUUGUUUUUCAGUAUGAUAUACUGAUUUUAAAAGAUUCUCUUUUUAAGUAUACCUUCUAAAAACAGUAUUUUUAUAAAGUAAGGUGUUAAUUCCUGCUUCUCAGGUUAUAAUUUAGAUUUGUGUGCAAGGUAACAGAUAAAAACCUGUCCCACUGCACUGAUGUACAAUCAAGUAGGAGAUGAAUUAUUUUGCUGCCAAGGUCUUGCUUCUACUUAAAAAACUUCAGAAAAGUGAGAGAUGGUAGAGAGAGACAAGUGUCACAAAGACUUUUCUAAAUGCUAAGCAAAUUUGCUUCAAAAUAAGUAAAUAGGCUUUCAAAGUAGCUCAGAAGGUUUAGAAAGGCACUGUUAGCAUGUGGAGAGUGGGUACUUAUGGAAGUUGGUCCAAGUACCCAGGUGGUAAUUUUCCAACUUUAUUAGAAGCAGGAAUACUUAGUGAAGAUCCAUGAUAAUGAGGCAUUUUCAUCUAGAAUGAUACUUCUCUUACAAACUGAAGGGAUAUUUAGGAAACGGGGAUCUGAUUGAAGCACCAUUUUAUUUUGGCUCUCGAUAUAAAUGUAUUCUUUAGGUGCAAGAUACUUGACUUUGGUAGAGGACCUGUUUUUGGAUUAAAAAAAAUAAUAUAUGGGCAUUUACCUUAUAGAAAGUGGCCACAUUUUAUUACUUAUAUUAGGGAUUCAGACAGAAUCAAGUCCUAUUAAUUGAAUUUCUGCCACUUUGUAGACAAAUGAAUAGGUUGAGCACUGUAGGGCCACUGCAUCUAUUUAGAUUUAACCAUGGGUCUGUUUAAAUCUGUGUCAUGGAUACAGAGACACUGAUGUAAUUAGGACAGGAGCGGAGAGCUAAGAAGCAGAGUAAGUUGACCCAGGAAUAUGGCCUCAAGUAGCAACUUAAUAAGGAGAGAAUUGACAUUUAACAAAACGUUUUUCACUUUAGCGACUGCUAUACUCUUAGAUGAAAACCCAAUUCUUGUUUUGCUUCCCACUAAAAUGAAGAAAAAUAGUAAAAGAUUUUAUUUGUCUUAGGGUUAUUUUUCCCUUCAGGGACUAUGUUCUAACUUAAAAUAAUGAUGCUACUUUCAAAGAAACUUAAAGGAUUAUUUUAAUAAUUAUCUGAAAAUUACUGAUGUUUUAGCUCCUUCUGGCUUCACAAUAAGACUGCAUUGUCACCCCUCUGGCUGCUGAGGUUGUCUUGUGGAAGUGAGAUUAGUGUUGUUCACAGGUUGCAUUAGAGGGACAAUGAGAACAGACAUACAAGUGGGAAUAUAAAUUAAAAAUUAAUCUAGUGUCUUCCAUUUCUUAAAUGAGGACAUUAAGCCAUGACUAUAAGUGGUUUUCUUCGUGGAAAGAAAAGAUUGUUGGAGUUGGAGAGGUUCUUACAAUUAAGGCUUGAUGGCCUUUUUAUAACGAGUGGAUUUUUCCUCUCUUGGAAACCUGUUAGCACAUGUAUUUUUAAUCCCAGCUUUGCUGCUAGAAAUCUGUUUGAAGCCUUGUCUUUCUGGCAGCAACCUACCACUUACUUGGAAAUCAGUUUAUUGGCUCACACCGGAAAAGCUUUGAUCUAAUUGGU